AUGAUGCAGCGUAGCUCUACCAGCAGAGAACUGCUGGAUAGACUGGAGGAUCACGCAGAUUGGCUUGUACGAAAAAGUCGACGCUAUCUACCUCAUAUAGCUAGAUUCUGUCUUGUAUCUACGUUUAUUGAAGAUGGUUUCCGACUUUUAACUCAAUGGUCUGAUCAAGUGGAUUAUAUCCAGUCUGUUUGGGGAACCCAUGUCAUAUUUGCAGCCUUUUUCAUUUUAUUGAACAUCUGCUUACAAUUUAUCGGAAGUGCUCUUGUCUUGGGUCGUUAUCGGGUGAAAAUUGGCGUUGGAAUUCUUAUGUCAACUGUAUUAUUACAAACUAUUGGUUAUAAUAUUUGGACAAAAGUAUUCUUCAUGCGUAAUCUAUCACUUAUCGGUAGUUUAUUAUUGUUAUUAGCUGAAGUACAACAAGAAACACGUAGUCUAUUAGCUGGUCUACCAUCAUCUGGUGAAAAUACACAUCGACAGUAUAUUCUACUUGGUGGUAGAAUACUUAUUAUUCUAAUGUUUGUCACACUAGUUCAUUUAGGUAGUAGUAUAUUCUAUGUUAUACAAUCAAUUUGUAAUUUAAUCUUAAUUCUAUUAGUAGCAAUUGGUUAUAAAACAAAACUUUGUGCAACAGUUUUAGUAAUUUGGUUAACUGGUAUGAAUUUUUAUUAUAAUCGAUUUUGGGCUGUUAGUAAUGAUAGUUUAAUGUGGGAUUUUUUAAAAUAUGAUUUCUUUCAAACAUGGUCAGUUAUUGGUGGUUUAGGUUUAGUAGUUGCAUAUGGACCAGGUGGUGUUAGUGUAGAUGAUUAUAAAAAGAAAUGGUAA